AUGCCGACGGGAAGGAUCCUCAGUGACUGCGAGUUGGGUGACGACUCCGCGCCUGGGCUGGAGAUCGCUUCGGAUCUCCGUGAGGCGGAGAGGGCCAUCAGCCAGGCCCGCGAGCGUUGCCUUUGCAGGCUGUCGUCCGAGGUGUUUGCGCCCCUGGAUCAGCGGCUCCAUAGCCACGAGCAGGUUCGCGAGGCCAUCCGCCAGCGCCAGCGCUUGGCGAAGUUUGCGACCUCAGCACGGCUAGAUGUGGCCAUGCUGCGGAAGGGGGAGGUCUCCGAAACAGGCCUCCGCUCACUGAGUGGCCUCGGCGGCCCUCUGGAAGAGGCGGAGGCUCGGCUGAAGGGAGACAUGCAGAGGGCCAGCGAGCUGGAUGAGCAAGUGCUCCUCCAGCUUACACAGCUACAGGAGACAAGCAUCGACUGCAUCAAGGCGCCCUGGGCCGCGCUGGUACAAAUCCAGUCGGAGUAUUUCAUGGCGCAGCAGGUGGCCUGGGCACCCUUGGGUGAGGCCUUCGACGACUACGGCGGACUGCAGAGCGUCCGCGUGACGUGA